GCGCUUUAAAUUUAAGAAGCUAUAACGUGUUUUCCCAUGUAACUAACAAGGAAGCGUAAAAACUAUUAUUAUGUAUGUAUGAGUGAAAUUACCGCUAGUAAAACAGCAGCCUCUCUAACGGCAAGAAUCAGAGGUCAGAGUUUUCUUCCACCAAACUUGACAAAUAUCAUCUGAAAUGGGAUUCAAUUUGUAUGUUCAAUGAUAUUGGAAACAUUCUGUCAAAGAGAAUUUAAGAGAAGAGAAAAUAAAAAGUGAAAGUAAGUAGGAUGGGAUACAUUGUAUGAUAAUCUGCUUCUCUGGGACCAUUAAACCUGCAGCCAUGACAGCUAGUUAGCUAGAAGUUACAAAAAGGCUUCUUUAUGGAGUACAGGUUAAAGCUUAAAUUGUUCUUGGAAUUCAGUUGUUCCCUUGGAAGAAGUCGCACUUAAAAGUACAGUUUAACACUAGAAUAUUACGAAACAGUUUCCUCUUAAGAACAAAAAGACUCUUCUAUUUGACCUCUCUCUCUCUCUCUCUCUCUCUCUCUCUCUCUCUAUAUAUAUAUAUGUGUAUAUAUAUCAUAAUGGGGCCACAGUAGAGGUCUAAAGUCUAAAGUUUUAUGUAAGAAAAGUAACUUUCUCUGAAACAGUAAUUGUCAAUUGUCAAAUAAGUGUGUAAGCCCCGGGUCUGGAAACAGCUAAUUUAAGUGACUCAGGUAAACAAUUAAUGGAUCAUAAAUAUUUCAAAGUUAAAAUUUUCAUUACAGUGCAUUCAAGUGUAGCAACUUCGUUUAACCUGCAACAAUAAAUGUACAUGUUUUUACAAUAGUAGGUAGGAGAGGCAGAAAUUGAUCAAAUCUAUUUUCAUAUUCAUGACGUAAAAAAAAAAGCAACCCAAAAAUCAGCAACCUGAAUUCUUGUCAGCAAACACCAAUUGCAGUCAGGGUUGAAAAAAAUGUGAUAUGGGUGUAUGUAAAUGAAAAAUGAUCCAAAUAAGAAACGUAGUGGUUCAAGAUUUCAUUGUGUUGUGAUUGUUUCCAAAUUCUCGGCUGAUAAGAAGACGCUUCACAGCAGUAUCAACACAGCGUAGCUGACAUUUAUAUGGGGUUUGAAUAUCUGGGAACAAUUCUAAAUCAAGAUUUUCAUUUUAGAGUCUAUAAAUUUGACGGCUCAGGACAUCAUAUGAAAUUGACCUCUGAUUUAGCGUAAUGCAUCUCUUCGUCAAAUCUUCUCCUUCAGAAAAAAAACAAAAAAAAACAACCUAACUUGUAAAUAUCAGUGGAGUAUGAAGUGCAAAGCCAGCCAUAGAAUUAGAUAUUUACUGGUCUAGUAAACACAUAACUGCAACAAACUGAGUGUGUUCACUUAACCACUAAUAUUACACUCUGUAUGCAUGGUUAGCGUUACCACCCAGUGACAGUUGACGUAUCACUAGAUCCACCUAACGCAACAUAAAAUCAAUCGAUCUAAAGAGUGCAUUCUGUUCAAGUUACUUACUUACUCUUCAAUAUUAUCAUAAAUCUGUCAGUUAACGGUAUAAAAGUUUAAAUAUAUAUAGCCAUUUGUUAGUUCUUCAUCCCCCCCCCCCCCCCCCCCCCCCCCAAUCAUUUGGUGUUGCAAUAUUAUACACUGGACCGUAAGCUAAACCAAAAGCUUGACCACACCUAUAAACAAUAAACCUAAUAAAGACAGUGUUUUAUUUUAAAAUUCACCACUAUUCUGGUAUGUAUUAAUCUUAGAAUCGGUCACCAAGUACAUUUCUUGUUGACCAUAUCAUGGGGAUUUUACUUGAAUGAUGUAUAUUUGGAAUAAAGAAUUUCUGAUCAGCAGACCUUGAAGCUUGCUGUUUUUAGUCGAGCAGUAGGGACUGUGACCAAAUAAAGCAUUUUAACUGCUAUUUUACAAGAUUAACACUAGAUGUGAAUUCAUAGUGAAGCAGUCACUUAGUGUUGUGUGUCAUUGAGAAGUCCAGGCGGAUGACAGACCCCUAAAUCAGUAUUUAUAGUAAAAUGGAAUAACAUGGGAGCUCUUUAAACUUUGUUCUCAAUGAGUCACUUAUUCAGGGUAUAUCCCGAUGUGUCAAAAAAAGGUCACGAAAAAGGAAGUGUAAUGGGGGACACACCAUGGAAGUUUUGAGUGGUAGUGUGUGUCAGUUGCUCCUGAUCAUCUUUAGCUAUAAUUAACCCGAUUAAGUGGACAAUUUAUGAACUGAAUAAUUGAGGAAGAUUAUACCAAGAAAAGGAUUUUUCUUCCUUGUUGGACAUGAAAAUGGUAGAAUGCAGAAUUUCCAUCUGUAGGAAAGAAGAUUAACGUAUAUUGAGAGAGGACAGGAUAUGUUUGCACUUAGAGAAACAAACAUGGCUACUUCAGUGACCUUUCUUGGUGUUUUCUGGCUUCUUUCAUCGGUCAUGGGGCAAAACAACAACCGGUUUGAGACAAUUUUUACAGUUCCUCUGUCUAAUUUUCCUCUUGAGAAUAUCGAGUUUGAUCCAUGGAGUAACAAUGACUGCUUCGUGAGUGGGAAAAAUGUCCUUUACAAGUUUAUUACACAAGAUGGCAACAUAGCAAAUAGUCCAGUGAGAUCAAAGUUGACUGGACCAGAUUAUAAAUGCCUUGCAAGCGAUCAACAAGAGGAUUACUGUGGCGAUGACUACAACUCAGUGCUGGUAAUAACACCAGAUAGUGUCAUCACUUGCAGCACGUUGUAUGGAGGACGGUGUGUCAGACGAGAUAAAACAUUUUUGAAUGAUACUUUAGUUGAAAGUACAAACAUUAAAUUGGUGUCGAGGGCAGAUGCUUCAGCUGUUGGUAUAUAUCUGAAUGUUAGUUUAAAUGGAGAUGUCAGUAAACAUGUUUUGUUGUUUGCAAAAGAGUACACACCUUUGCCACUGGCACCAGACAAAUUAGAUAGAGCUGCAAUUUUUUCUGUUUCCCAAAAUCUUUCAGUGAGAACUUUUACAUCAGUCUUGAGAGAAGUAGACAUAUUUGAUAUAUUUUUGAAAGAUCUUAAAAAAGCCUCUGUCAUAAUGGACUAUAGAGUUGUACUGGAGAAUGAAGACUUUGUUUUCCUGUUGGUGAAUCAGAACUCGCAGGCCAAACUAGUAAAGAUCUGUAAAACUAUUAAUGCUAAGGAGCCAAAGAAAGUUUAUGAAGACAUUCCUUUAACUUGCUCUGACAAAGAUGGCACCCAUUUCCCCCGUGUUGUGCAUGGAACUUUUGUAUACGUAUCGGGUAAGAGUUACCUGGUGGCUCUAUUCACGAACUCCACAGUUUCAUCCGCCGUUUGUGUUUAUGAAGAAAAUGAGAUCUAUAAGGCAUUUUUGGAGUCCAGGGAAAACAGAUAUGGCUGUCCAAAGAAUAAUCUCAGAGAAGAAGAUAAAGUAUUUGAUGAUUUAGUACCAUUAGUCUCGGAUUGUAUUAAUGUUACUGGUGUAGAGAUACUUGAAGGAACCUUUGAUGCCUUGACAAAGGAGAAAUUCUGCAAUAAUAUCACAGCCCGUCAAUUUGGUAUCAUCGUGGGACUGUUAGCUCUGAAUAGAACUGCUGUGUAUACCUCUACAGAUGUUUUUACUGUGGUGGAGAGCACUGUAGUGAAUGACUUGGUUACUCUGUACAUUGGGACAGAAGACAGCUUUGUUGUGAAGGUCUUUCUGGACCCAUCCAUGCCCUCAGCACUUGCGCUGGAAAAGAUAAAAGUACCACAAGACAAAUCUGAGAUAAAAGCUGUCAGAAAUGAAGAAGGAAGCUUAUAUGUAAUGUCACAAAACAAGAUAGUAAAAUUGCUCCAAGAAAAAAAUUGUGCACAGUUUUCUAAGGAUUGUCAAACCUGUAUGGGGGCGAAGGACUCUCAGUGCGGAUGGUGCAUCUCAGAAUUUAGAUGUACAAUGAAGGCUGAUUGUAGAGAAAGCAGUACCUAUUGGCUGCCAUCUGUGAAGAAUCAGUGUUUAGACCUUCGUUUUGAAAAUAAUGCAUUAAGUUUGGCGCAAGAUCUUGAUACUGGUUUGAAGACAAACAUAACGGUCAGAUUUGUUCCACAAAUUAAUGUAAGGAUGGAUAUAAAAUGUACACUCAAUGGGACAACAUUAACUCCAUAUAUAGAAAAUGGAUCUAUCAAAUGUUUGAUUGACCUGACAUCUGGGAGAGAAGCUCAUAAAUUUUCAGAAGGGAAUGCUACGCUUGAAAUAACUAUGAAGGAUAGACGAAUUGCAGCAAGGGAUAUUUUGUUUUAUACAUGUACUGCAUUUAAAAGCUGUGGUGCAUGCCUAGGAAACAGCAACACUCAGUGUUAUUGGUGCAAGGAUCAACCUUUAUGUAAAAGAGCAAGAGGGGACUGUGCCAAUAAUAAUGGUUUCCAGGAGAUGAAGUCCUGUCCUCAGAUUUCCAAUCAAACAGUGAAAAUUCCAGUAGGACGCAAGCGGGAUCUGGAAUUUCAGGGCAUCAACUUGGAUCUGUCAAGCAAUUUUGAGUAUAAAUGCAUUGAGGGUGAGCAGCAGUAUAUUGGACAGGUACUGACGAAGACAGGAAAUUAUUCCCUACUGUGUAAAGGUGUCCAGAUAAGAGAUGCCAUACCAAAGAGAAUGCUAUUUCAAUAUGGUUUAAACAAUACGACUAGUCGAACUGUUUUGGAAACCUUUGAUGGAGCCCCAUUAGUGACUGGAUACUUAUGCCAGUCUCUUUCCCCUCAAAGGAGAGAUUGUAGUACAUGUCAUUACUUGAAUCAAAGUGAGGGAUAUGAAUGUCAUUGGUGCAAGGAAAAGGGCUGUGUAGAUGUUGAUGAUGAGCAAUGUGUUGAACCAGUGGACUGCAGCAGACCUAUUGUAACCAAGAUUGAGCCAGCAGAUGGUCCUGUACGAGGGGGAACUGAAGUCACCAUUGAAGGGUUUAACUUUGGCAUCAGAAGUGGCAUGGCAGUCAGAGUUGCUGGAAUAGAAUGCGAAAAUGUGAAAUUCCGUGGUAGAAGAUUAACGUGCAUUACUGGAUCAGCAAAUGACAUUGCUAAAGUGGGAAAAGUGGUCGUAACGGUUGAUGGACAGGAUUCAGAUGAAAAUGUCUUAUUUUCAUACAAGAAACCAAAGAUUACAGGAAUCAGUCCAAAUCAAAGUAUCUUAUCUGGUGGAAGAACCAUAAAUUUAACAGGAAUUGAUCUCAAUAUUGGCAACAUGAAAUAUGAUAUUGAGUUCAUUUCUACUGAUGACAGCAACAAAAAGUUUAUAUGCAGAAUAGUUAAAAUGAAGUCAGUUGAUGGGAAAAUAGCUUGCCAACCCAACAAAGCAAACAAAGAUGGGAUGUAUAGGGUAAAGGUGACCUUUGACAGUAACACAAAGAUAGAUAUUCCAGGGUUGAAUUUUCAAUAUCUGAAGGAUCCAGUUGUCAGUGGAACUGAUCCGACUGAGCUGAAGUCUAUCAGCAGUGGAGGGUUACCAUUUUUUGUGAAUGGAGAUGGAUUUGUCUCAGCAAUAGAAACAGUUUCUGUUGAAAUAAAAGGCACUGCAAGUGAAAGCACCUGUAUAAUUAUUUCAAAGAAUAAAAUAAGAUGUGAGUUCCCAAGAAGCAGAGAAAGUGGAAAUCGUCGCAAAAAACGAGCUACUAGGUCCUUUAUUGUUAUUCAUCUCGAUGGAUUUUCCUAUGAAGUACCUAGUCCUGUGACAUAUGUGGAUGAUCCCUCGUUCAGGGCUUUUCAUGACAAUUCUACUUAUCUUUUUGAUCCAAGUGAACAGGAAGCUAUUGUAUUAGUAGGACAUGGCUUAUCAACAGUGACAAGAAAGGAGGAUUAUUUAGUUUUAAUUGGUACUGGAGAAUGCGAUAUUACCAGCUUGAAUAAAACGGAGCUGAUCUGCCGACCCCCUACUAAGGAGCCAGCCCCAAGGCAUCAGGAGGAAAAACUCUAUAUCAGAGUAAAAGUUGGUUAUGCAAAACAGAUUGUUGGUAUUGUAGAGUAUGCAAAUGAACUUCCGAUCACGAUCAUCAUCAUCGUAGUUCUGGGGGUUUUGUUAGUGGGAAUUGUGGUUGGUGCAAUCCUGGUUUACAAAAAAGUGAAAGCUCGCAACCAAUUGAAAAUAGAAGAGAUUAUGACAGAGAUGCAUGACCUUGAACAAAACACAAUGCGCAUGAACCAAGAAGAGUUUGCCGAUAUGCAGCUAAACAUCACAGACAUCAAGCGAGACCUGGUCUCCACGGGGAUUCCAUAUCACCCCUACCAGAAUUACGUCCAGUACAUCCUGUUCCCAAAGGAAGUGGAGGCCGGCACCCUGAACAGCCUCACCCACCACAGCGGGUUCUCCAGCAAGAAUGUUGAGAAGGCCAUGGACCAGUUUGACAAGCUGAUGACUAAUAAGUACUUUGUCAAGUCUCUGAUUGGUACGCUGGAAAAACAACGCAAGAUCACUCUGAUUGACAAGGCACAGUUUUCAGCCAACUUCAGUGUGGUUAUGAUGGGAAAGAUGAGAGAUUUCUUUGAAAUUGUGAAUUGUUUGCUGUCAACACUGGUGGAUUCUGCAAACAAAAAGGCACACAAAACACUGUUUAACAGAUUUGAGUCCAUCACUCUGAGACUACUAUCACAUUGGCUGUCUGUUUCACUCUAUCCUCACUUAAAGGAGGGAGGUGGUUCAUCUCUGUUCAUGCUGUACAAGUCCACUCAGGCAGUCAUUGAGAAACGACCUGUUGAUGAAGUGACAGGGGAAGCUAAAAAUACUCUGUCUGAGGACUCUUUCCUGAGGGAGAAGAUCGAUUGUCAUGCCCUAAAACUUGAAAUUGACUUGAAUGCCAAUGGUAACUUAUAUACCUGUGAGGUUCUGGACUGUGAUACUAUCAAUCAAGUGAAGAGCAAGUGCCUGUACCAGAUCUACAAGAACAAACCAGCCUCGGAGAUGCCGUCUACGGAUGAAGUGGACUUAGAGUGGAUGGCUGGCAAGAGCGGUCGUCUUGCUUUGAGCAACAUAGACCAGACGAGUGAACGAGAGGAGAACAUGGUUCGCCGUAACACGCUUCAACACUACAAUGUUCUGGAUGGCAGUCGUAUGGCCCUGAUGUACAAGUUCUCUCCUGAUGAUGAGCAUACAGAAGAUGACGAGGACCCUUAUGUAAACCAGCGAUCGCCCUCAGACAUAGAAAUAUCUGUUCCUCCGGAUAUCCAUCUGAUUCAGUCAGUGUCCUCUACUGGAAGUUUGGAACAUCUCAGACAGUGGCAUCUGGUAAAAAGUUUGGAUGAGGAAGAAUCCCACGAGAAGACAGUGAAACUGAAGGACAUUGUUAAGACAAGCCACAUUACCAACUUAAUGCACACGAAGCUAGUAUUGCAGGACAAUAUUAAAGAAGUGUUUGACAGCGUGCUGAACCAUGAUACAGUCCCUCUAGUGGUGCAUUACCUAUUUGGAGUGCUGGAAAAUCUGGCUAAUAAGAAUAGUGUUGAACCAGACACUUUACUUUGUUGGAAGAGUGAAAGCUACGCUAUGAGAGUGUGGGCCAUGCUCUUGGUCCGUCCUGAGAACCUGUUCGACAUCCAGAAAGCCAAACAUGUAGAGCCAUGUCUGAAUGUCAUCAAGCAGGUCUUCAUCGACUGCUUCCAUUCCACCAAGAUCAGCAAGGAUUCCUCCUUACAAAAACUUCUGUUUGCCCAAGAAGUACCACAUUACCAAAAGAAGACUGAGCAGUUUUACAAAGCAUUGGCUAACAAGGCUGCUGUAACAGAUGCUGAUUUCUGGAGUGAGAUGUCACGACUCAAUAGUUUGCAGCAAGAGCAUCUGAAAUUCUCCAAACCAGCUGCUUUACAGAAGUUGUACAAGUUUGUUCAGCAGUAUGUGGAGGAGAUAAUUGAAGACUUGGACGCUGGUGAUGAGACCAGCGGACUUCAGUUCGGUUCCAAACUGGACGAUAUUGUCCGUCUGAUGGACACUGACUCCUGACUAUAUGAAAGCUGAAGUGGGGUCAUGUGAUAGCAUUAGAAUUAAUGCAUCAUAGUGAGAUUUUGUCGCUCGGUGUUACAAUUUCAGCAUAGCUAUUUUGUGUUUGAUGAAUCAAACAUUCAUAUAUGAAUGAAAGCAGGAAAAUCAAAAGCAAGCUGGAGUGUGACUUAAUCAAAGAGCUAGCAUUUAAAUCAACAAUAUUUUAUACCCAAUACUGCACACCAAUUAUGUACCAGCUUAAUAUAUGUUAUGCAAUGCCAUAGUACAUUUUAUUUUUUUAUGUUAUACAAAUUUUUCCUUUAAAUUUUGGUUUGAAUAGUCAAGACAGUUGAAGUUAUAAGAGGUUGAUGAAAGAAUUUGAAGAACUUUUAUUACUCUGCGAUAUUUUGAUAUUUUAGAAUAUACAGCUGAAAUGUAAGAUUGAAAUCUUGUAAGAUAUUGAAGAUGUCAUGUGAUUUUGAUGAUUUGUGUACUUCACAGGUAUUUGUACUGUGUAUCUUAUAAAUGCAAUACUUUACAUAGUGCUAUUUUUAAACCAAAUGACUGCAAUACUGCCUUGAUUUUUUUAUACAGUAAAACUUGCUUUUAAGGAAUUCAAAGUGACACGUUCUAAGAUUCUUUAUCUUUGUCUAAGUAAGUUCUCUAAUUAUAUUUACAAGGCUGUUCCUUAUAUUUAAAAAAUGAAUAGGUAAAAACUUUUGUUUGCAUGUACAUCAGCAAAUUCCUUAUUGCCAGUCAAAAGAGCAUUUAAUUUCCUAAAAUUUUGAUUUUGUUUGUACAUAAAAGAUAUACAUAUAAUAGACAUUUAGUAAGUUUACAUUUAUUGCUAUUUUAACUGGUUAGAGCGUGUGGAUUAGAUUUAUCAUAAACAAAAGAAAUGAAAUUGUUGAAUUAAUUUUGAGAAAUAAAUCCUUAAAACUAUUUUCUUGUCAAGGAUUAAUGAAGGAUAAGGCAGGGGAUUUUAGAAUUAUUCCUUAUAUCACAGAUUUCUUAGUAAAAGAGUUCCUUAUAAACUGGUUAUUCUGUAUAUAUCAACACAGACCAAAUGUUGUUCAAUACCAAAUAUCUGUUCUGUGCAUUUUUGUUAGAUAUGUUUGGUAAAUAAUUUGUAAGUCUUCAAAUCCUAAUGAUUUUAGACAUAAAGUGUGCCUUUCUUGAUAUUGUAUUCCAGGAUGACUGUGUCUGAAGGGGGAAAGCAAAUUUUGAGAACCCCACCCUGCCCAAAAUAAAAUUGGAAAUAUCAAUAAUUAUUUACCAGGUAUCUGAUAAUUUUAUGACUGGAAGAUUUGGUGGAAUUUUCUCAACAACAAAAAAAGUACAUGUACUUUAUUUCCUCACACAGGCCACAGCCUUCUUGGACCAGCCUUUUAUUUACCAUGCAUAUUGCACUGUAUUUGAAAUCUGGAAAUUAUUUUCUCAAUCUAACUGUUGUACUGGAGCUUUUGUACAGACAUAUUGUCUUCAUCUCAGAAAUGAAAUGUGAGCUUUUGAUCCACAUGUAUGACUGUUUAAUAUGUCAUUUGUGUGCAAUUUAUGGCGAAACUAUUUUUCAAGUUCAUUUAACAACAGAGAUUUUUAUUCUCCUGAUACAAUAUACAGUUGACUAUUGAAUACAUUAUAAUAUGAUUUUUAAGAAUCGGGUGUCUUUUCAUGUUCAGGAAUAUCGGGUAUACAAACUCACCAAAUUUUCAUUGAUCAAAAUUUUCCCAAUUUAAAAUGGUCAUUUUUUUAUGCCUACAGUUGAACCUUUCCUGCCAAUUUUGAUUAUGAGAAUUUCAGCAAGUACAUUUCUGGUUUCAUGUUAUUUUUUGUAGAAAGUUAAAUUUCGGGAAUUAAACACAAUUUUUUUAAGAAAUCCAGGCUGUAUAAGAUUUGUUAUUUACAGUAAAUCAUGGUUAUAGUGAACCUCCUGGGCCAGUGAAAAAUAAUUCUUUAUUAUAAAAACUUAAUUAUAUCCAGUAAAAUUUCCGUUAUUUUCCUUUCAUAAGGAAUUAAUACCACUUUGCAAUAGGCGUGAAAUCGUGAUAAGGAUGAAUUCAUUAUAAACAUGUCUUGUUAUAAGUAUCUUUUACUGUACAGUCUUUCUAUAGAACGCUUUCAUAUAAAUCUGUUUAUUCUCGCUGGGUGAAGGUGCACAGUUUUGUUCCUGCUAGAUAUAUCUUACUGCGGUAGAUAAAUUAUUAUAUACCUCUUGUUAACUGAAUUGUGAUUUAUCAAUUGUUAACUGAAUUGUGAUUUAUUAAUUGUUAAUCUGUAUUGAAGGUUUCUUGGAAGGUUUUGAUAUUUGAAGUUUACAUUGUAAGACAAAUCUAUAAAGACAAUCUUAUUCAAAAAGGUUGCCUAAUUUUGAUUUCUAAUUAUAUGCUAGUAAAUCUCUAAAUUUUUAAGUUACAUGGUGUUCUGAAUUUUCCUGAGGGGGCACACGGUGGGAUUCUCUAUCUGCAUUGUGUAUAGUUGCCACACCCUCCCUCAACGUAGGGUAACUCCCUGGGUAUUGUAACAUAAACCUCAUCCUAAAUGAUAAAGCUUUCUUAUAAGAGCACGCUAACCAUUACUAAAUUCAGCUUCAUCCACAUUUGGCAAAACAAAAAAAAAUGAUGAUGACACCUCUUCAAAUACUCAUAUGUAUUUGAAGUGUAGCAAGUAUGUCAUAUACCAGUCAGCCAUACGUGAUAUUAUUUAUACAUUUUAGAUUGUUGUAAAGAUAUGACAUUUGGGCCAAACCCAAUGAGGUACCUGUACAUAUAUAUAAAACUAUUACGAUUAUAAAUUCGCAGGUUAAUACUCGGUAAUGUGACAUCACACUUUUUGUACGAGGACCCUCUUGCAGUUAACAUUAGUAAUUAUUGUAACUUCUGAGAAAUUCACAUUUUUCGUGGUUGUAUAAUCUUAAUGGUUUUGUUGGUGCUUCUUAUCCGCGAAUUUAAAAAUUAUGGCAAAGUUAAAAUUUACUGAACGUUAAAUAUUACUCCUGCUAAACAGUGACAAAUGACCCAAAGUACCCAAACAAAUUAUUCUGAUUAUUGAACAAGAACCACCUAUUGAUUAAGUCUACUAAUUAUCACAUGCAAGUAUCAGUGGUAUGUUAUAUUUUUAUUAUUAGCUGAUUUUUUAACUAACAUCUUUUUUGUUCAAUUUUACAAUGAACAUAAAGUUUCUUGGAUUGAGUUGUACAUAUGUAGAUGAGCUGUCAUUUUUAUUGUGUGUUUUAUUUGAUGAGGGAUGGUUUGAAUGUGUUCAUAUGAAAUACAGAGAUAAUUAACGGUAAUGAUAUACACUGGUUAACCAGUCAUUCCAUUAAAACAAUGUAUUAUUCUCACCAUGCUUAUUAUAUGAAAUAGAGCAAGGAAGUAAAUAAAGAUUUCCUCUA